CAAUAAUGCAGAGCCAUAAAUUAUAUACGGUGAAUUCAUAGACAUUGUAGACAAGAGUAUAGAGUGAGCAGACAUCCAUUCCCGGGGAGGAAAUGUUAUGUUUGGGGUUAUUAGUAACAAAUUACGAAAAUACAGACUUCUCGGGUUUGAGAUAUGUGGAUAUAACUCAUUGGGAAAUUUUAAUCAGGAGAAAAGUUUGCAAAACACAAUGGAAUCCUGUAAUAUCUAGAGAAAUCUUCAGGAUCUUCAAUGAUGUUCUUCUUGAUGAUAUUGACGUAUGGCGUCAUGACUGUGAACGGCUGGGGAGCGACAUGUUCUCAGGGACCACCGGGACCACCUGGGCCUCCAGGACCAUCAGGACCUGCAGGUAGUCCAGGCGAUGGGGAACUCCUAGAAUAUAACAACUGGAAACAGUGUGCCUGGUACUCUAAUAACGGAAAUGAUUAUGACACUAUUUACACCUGUACUUUUACGAAGAGGCACAGUGACUCUGCUCUCUGGGUCUACUAUGGAGGCAACCUUCGUCUUUAUGGAUGUAGUGGAUGCUGUAAAAGAUGGUAUUUUACUUUCAAUGAUAAUGAAUGUUCACCUACACCUAUUGAUGGUGUGGUCUACCAAGCCAAUACGAACAACAUGAAUCUGCACAGGCACAGAAGUAUUUCAGGAUAUUGUCACACGGUCGGAGCUGGAUCAGUAAAUGUGAAAUUUUUGGUAGGAGACUGCCCGGGAUAUGGUAACUACGAUGCAUCCACAGGGUGGAACAGUGCAUCACGAAUCAUCAUCAAGGAGGUCCCUAAAUCAUCAUAUGGAUACUAGCUUGAUCGAAACAUUCGAAACAAUUGAGCAUAAACAGCCUAAUCAAGAUGACGUACCUAUAUUCAAGGAGCAUCAGUCUCAGGCAUGAUUUAUGGCAGGAAUGUGGACGCAUCUCUUACACUCCAGUAUUUGGCAUGCUUGAGGAGGUCCCAAAAUUGAUUUUUUUUUUUGCGUGGACCGGAGAAAUUCAUGAAAUAAAAACUGAAUUAAAAAAAUUAAAAAGGGGUCCUAGUGAUGAUUAAUAAAGUUACCGAAAUUUGCAGUAGACAUGGUAACAGAUGGAGUUAUUCCGUUCUUUUUAUGUAACAACAUGUACAAUGUAAAUUGAGAGGGGUGGUAAAUGAAAGUCUUAAUAAUUUUAUCAGAGAUACUUAGGUGAGUGUUACAAAAUAUGUCAUUGCACUUGCCCUGAACAUUUAUAUCCUCCCAUAUAAAACAUUAGAUGGGCUGAUGAUGUCACCUAUUUAGUAAAUAUGUCAUAUUUAUAUAUAUGUCAUAUUUAGUAAAUAAAUGUCCUUUUCUUAUGUUAUUACAUAAAAUCAUAAUUAUUUCAUAUGACAUGUCUCCCUUAUAAUAAAAUACGUUACAACAAUCAAUAUUUAAUGCAUUUAAUCAGAGUUGUCAAUCCAUUUUUAAAGUUCUUAGAAAUUUGAAUAAUAAAAUACAAAAGAACAAGUAGGGAUAUGACAAUGCAGUUUUCUCAAUGAAUUUUCAUGAAACCGUUUCACCGAAAUAAUGCAAAUUUUUUAAAUGUCAUAACUUCAUUAUUCCUUGUCCAAUUUUCAGGAAAUUUUCUGUGUUGCGUUUGUCUGAUGUUUUUUUAUCUGUUCAAAUCAUAUCAUGUUCAGCCUGGAGUACCCCUUCAAAGUGAUUGAAAAAGUUGAGUUUUUUUUAUUGUUUAUCAUUAUAUGAUUAUUUGCUGAUUACGUUUUAAAUGUCGAAAUUGACGAAGAGUUUCAAUGAAUUAACUCCGAUUCGGUUAUAUUAUGGCCAAUCUCAUUUUCUUUGUAAAUAUUCACACUAUAAUUCAUGUAGCAUGUAUAUUCCAAUAUAUUUACAAAUAGGCCUUAAGACAUUGUCGCAUAACAAUUCAACUGAACACCCACUAUGCAGUCACGUGAUCAUAGAUGUAUCGAUUUAAGGAUUAACCAUUCGUCUUCGUUUUACACGUAUUCCUUCCAACACCAAAAUGUCGUAUUCUUCCACGUUUCGUAUCGAUUUCUACACAAAAUUACAAUAUGUGUCCCCUGCUAUCACGCUCAUCCCAACAAUCAUUAUGUGGUAAUAAUGCACAAAUAAAAUGUUGGGUAACAUACUGUCCACUGUGUUGGGUAUUAAUGUAUGAUGAUAAAAUAUAUAUACUGGACAAUUAAUACCCAAUUGAGCAAAUUUAUUACACAGUUAUUAGUUUUUAUUACCCAAUUUGGGCAGAUUUUAACCAAUAGUUGUGUGGACAGUAUGUUGCCCAGGAAUGGUUAAAAGUUGAUUUAAGAGUGUGUGAUUCGGACAGACUUGUAGGCCCUAGUGUAUGUUUUAUUAAUAUACCAAAAUGGCUAAUCAUUAUGUUCAUCCCAAUGCCUAGAAAAGUCUUGAAUGAAUAUAAAAUUAUAAAAAAAAUUCAACACUUCUUGAUCAAAUUCUAUAUAGUAAAUAAAUAUAUGGAUUGUUGAUUUUAUUGCUUGCAUUCUGAAAUUAAUUUCAUAUUACACACAAUGUUAGAUUUGGUGUAUAAUUGAUUAAAAGUCAGAAACAUAUACACCCAUGAAACAAAAGUUUGAUUGUUUUUAUUGUUAUUUGUAUGACAUUAUUCAUUCACUUUUAUAAUGUUAACAUAUUUUGAUUUUUUUUCGAUAAGAGUAUACAUUUAUCCCAGAUCCUUGGACACGCACAUUGAUCGAACUUGCUAUAGUCACAUUACGGAGGGGAAAUAUUUUAUUCAUAAAUAGAACCAAUAUGAUAAUCUUUUUCAUGGGUACAUUACGAAGCAUAAUCUCAUCAAAUAAUUACUUGUAACGUGCAUGCUUUAAAUUGCUUUUGGUAAUCUAUAUACUAUACCAUUUUGCUUUUUCUUCUCCCCCUUUUUAAGGGGGGGGGGUGGUAAUGUACGUUUUGGCCCAAUUUUUUUUAAAGGGGGCGACUGCAUAUCCCCCUUCCCUUACCGGUGCUUCUGAUUAUAUCUUUCAUAGGAUACUUCACUAAAUCUACAUGACCAUUAUACCCAAAAAUUCAUGUAUUGUUAAAUUGAACUUGAUUUUUUAAUUGUUUGUAUAUAAGUAUAUGUUGCGGUGACUUAAUACCACGAUCUGAGGUAAAAUAAAAAAUAUAUACCGAAAGGUUAAUACUAUUUUAGUCACAAAAAAAUAUAUAUUCAGUGAAAAAUCUAAAUACAUUCGACAACCAGCUAUUAUUCUACUCAUAUUAAGAUAUUUCUAGAUAGUGAAAAAAAAAUCGUAUCAUACUUGAUUAUAAUCAUGGUAUUAACUUAAUAAAAAUCAACAUGACCGUAUUGUAAGAAAAAUUAUUUAAGUCAAGAAACAAAUACCGGUAAAAACUUGACAAAAUUAUUGACAGUAAUCAGAGUUCUAUAUAAUCCUUUUCUCUCCCAAAAAUCUGAUCAUAAAGUACCACAAGAGAAUCAAUGAUAAGCAUAUCUAAUGAAUAAAAAAAAUCAUUAUCCAUCCUCAGCUACUCUGACUUGAAUAAUUGAGGAUAAAUUUUGCGGUUUCCUUCAGCAAGAAAUUUAAACACAUUGUGCUUCACUCAACUCAGGUGAGAUGAAUGGGUACUCGGUAGGAAGAAAUUUCUCGAAUGCCAGAGCGCCUUUAGGCAGCACGGCAAUAGCCGGGGGUAAUAACAAUAAUAAUAUUAUUGUAGUGCGCAGUUGAGUAUAUACAUAUAUGUAUACCCGUUAGAGUAAAAAAAAAAACUUGACACAUCACAAAUCCCCUCCUUAAGAAAGAAUAUGCCAUGAACGCAUAAUCAUUAUAUAUGGCUGGAAUGAGCACCUUCUCCCUAAUAAUUUAAUACCAUAUCUAUGUGGUAUGUCUUCACGCUUGGAUAAUCCGUAGGUAUUCUUUGCAGCGAUGUAAAUUUUGAUUUGUGCCAAAGUAAGGCAUAACUUGCAAUGAAUGAACCCCAUAUGCCAAUGAUGUCACCAUGCUACAUGUGUUAGUAAACACAUUUGCAAAUCCCCUUUCAAUGAAAUUAACAUGAGGAUUGAUAGUAAAAAGUGUUUAUUAAACCAUUUCAAUAUGAAUUACUGAAAAUGUGUUUUGAAAUGGAUUUUAAUGCAUGCCUUGUAGGAUUAUGACAUUAUUGACACCUGGAUUCAUUCAUUGCAGCUAUGCCUUACUUUGGUGCAAAUACAUCACUGCAAAGAAUACCUCCUGAUCAUCCAAGCGUUAACACAUACCACAUAAUUAUAGUAUCAAAUUAUUUGGGAGAACAUUCUCUUUCAGACCAUAUAUAAUGAUUAUGUGAUUGUGACAUGUUUUUUUCCUUAAAUUUGGGAUUUAUAAGGUGUCAAGUAUUUUAAACAAUUUUCACAAUUGUUUUCUCUUUUAUCAUUUGGUAUUCACCGAAAAGAUAUGCUUAACUCCAGGAACAUUUUGAAUGGUAUAGUUGAAUUAUU